CUUCACUGUUUUCUACUUCAGGUGAAGAUACUAGUGUGUGAAAAUGAAGCACCAGGCAAUCAUGGUUUACAGUUUAAUGCUAUUUCUGGUCACAGAAUGUUCUAAUUACAGACCCAGGACCCACAGAAAACAUGAAGAUAAAUUUUACCAACCUGAAGGGAAACCUAAGACUGAACGAAUACAAGAGAAAUGUCAUGGAGCCUGCAUUGCAUCUUCCAAUUGUAGCCUUUCCUGUGCUCGGCACUUUCAUGGAAAAAUAGAAUUUACCUGUGAUCAAAAUAAAUGGAAAAAAUCCACAGAAACAUGUACAAGCCUUUCUGUGGAAACACUCUUUAAGGAUUCAGAUAUUUCAUCACGUGUUUCUGCAGCGGCAGCAGCUUCCAUACCCCUACACAUUCUUGACCUGCGAGCUCCAGAGACCAGCGUCAAUGUAGUUGAGGGACUUCGCAAGAACUGUCCGCAUGAUUACUCCUGCAUAGUUAACGUGGUGCAAUCAUCAGAGGUCACGUCUGGAAAUAUUGCGUUUAUAGUGCAGCUACUAAGGAAUAUUUCUGAAGGCUUAUCAGAUAAUGUUACCCAAGAGAAGAUGAAGAGCUAUAGCAAAAUGGCCAACCAUAUUCUCGACCCAGCAGCUAUCUCAAACUGGGCUUUCAUCCCUGACAAAAACGCCAGCUCUGAUUUGUUGCACUCUGUGAAUCUGUUUGCUAGACAACUCCACCUGGAUAAAGAACCUGAGAGCUUUGUGGAUGAACCCUUCAUUCAGACCAAAGGGUUUCACCUCGACCACAAUACCUCUGAAAAAAUGUUCAAUUUUUCCAUGAAUGUGAACAAUACCCAAAAGGGUAUCUUAGGAACAAUAGAAAUUCCCAGGCAAGAGCUCUGGAAGCUGUCAUCAAACACAACCCGAGGUAUCAGCAUAGCAUUUCCCACCUUAGGGAAGGUUCUGAAAGAGGUUCACCUGCAAAAUACGAGCCUUCCUAAGUCGGUAAACGGCCUGAUCCUCUCAGUGAUUUUGCCAGAAAGAUUGCAGCAAGUCUUACUCACCUUUGAGAAGAUCAAUAAAUCCCAGAAUGUGAGGGCACUUUGUGUCGGCUGGCACUCCAAGAAGAGGAAAUGGGAAGAGAAUUCAUGUAAAACAAUGAUGGACCACCGGGACAAGGUGAAAUGCCAGUGUAACUACACAAGCGCACUCAUGUCUUUCUCCAUCUUGAUGUCUCCCAAAUCAAUAAAUAACAAGAUCCUGGACUACAUCACCUGCAUCGGGCUAAGCAUUUCCAUCCUUAGCUUGCUUUUUUGCCUGAUUAUUGAAGCCAUAGUGUGGUCCCGGGUGGUUGUCACAGAGAUAUCAUACAUGCGUCAUGUGUGUAUUGUGAACAUAGCCGUGUCGCUCCUGAUUGCUAAUGUGUUGUUCAUCGUAGCUUCUAUUUUUAAGAAAAAGGUUCAGGACAACUGGUGUGUUGCAGUCACAUUUUUCACCCACUUCUUCUACCUCUCAUUAUUUUUCUGGAUGUUCUUCAAAGCGCUCCUCAUCAUCUAUGGAAUACUGGUCAUUUUUCGUAGGAUGGUGAAGUCCCACAUGAUGGCUAUUGGCUUUGCCACUGGCUACGGAUGCCCACUGGUCAUUGCUGUUACCACAAUUGCUGUCACAGUCCCAGGAAGAGGCUAUGUGAGAACCGAUGCUUGUUGGCUUCAGUGGCACAAUACCAAAGCCCUUCUAGCAUUUGCUGUCCCAGCCCUGGUGAUUGUAGCUGUGAAUCUUUUUGUGGUUUUGGUUGUGGCUUUCAACACUCAGAGACCCUCUAUUGGCAGUUCCAAGUCUCAGGAUGUGACCAUAAUUAUGAGGAUCAGCAAGAAUGUUGCCAUCCUUACCCCACUGCUGGGACUGACUUGGGGGUUUGGAAUAGUCACACUCAUGGAAAACAUACCCUUAUCAUGCCAUAUAAUCUUUGCCCUGCUCAAUGCUUUCCAGGGAUUCUUCAUCUUGCUGUUUGGAGCCAUCAUGGAUCACAAGAUAAGAGAUGCUUUGAAAAUGAGAAUGUCUUCACUUAAGGGGAAAUCAAGAGUAGUAGAGAAUGCAUCCUUAAACCCAACCAAUGGAUCUAAAUUAAUGAAGCGUUGAGGAUGAAGAGUGAGUAUUGAACAUAAAAAUCCAGGGAGGGGGAUGGGUGGUAGCACUGCCGGUUAAGCGCACAUGGCGCGGAAGUGCAAGGAUCGCGCCUAAGGAUCCGGGUUUGAGGCCCCGGCUCUCCACCUGCAGGGGGGUUGCCUCACAAGUGGUGAAGCACGUCUGCAGGCGUCUUUCUCCCCUCUUCUCCAUCUUCCCCUCCUCUUUUGAUUUCUCUCUGUCCUAUCCAAGAACAACAGUAGUAAUAACAAUAACAACAAUAACCAUGAUAAACAACAAGGGCAACAAAAGUGAAAAAAUAGCCUCCAGGAGCAGUGGAUUAGUAGUGCAGGAUGAGCCCCAGCGAUAACCCUGGAGGAACCACUAGAGAAAGAGACAGGCUGGGAGUAUGGAUCCACCUGUCAAUGCCCAUGUUCAGCGGGGAAGCAAUUACAGAAGCCAGACCUUCUACCUUCUGCCUCCCACAAUGACCCUGGGUCCAUGCUCCCAGAGGGAUAGAGAAUGGGAAAGCUAUCAGGGGAGGGGAGGGAAUACGGAGUUCUGGUGGUGGGAAUUGUGUGGAGUUGUACCCCUCUUAACCUAUGGUUUUUGUCAAUGUUGCCUUUUUAUA